UGAUGAGAUCAUAGAACCCCCUGAAGUAUUAGAGUAUCAAGAAGAAAGAUGAAGAAAUUGUCUGGGAUGAUACAAUACUGAAUACUAAUCGGUGGAGAUCCACUGGGGGAAAAAUACAAUGAAACUGAGAAGUUAUUUGAGUCACAUACUAUUGUUGACAUCACAACAGUUCCUGUUUUCAUGCUCUGGACAAAUAAAGACACCAGAAACUCUAGGUGAAGCCAAUACUCACCUCUCUGUCUUUCCACCUAGUCCUCUAAGCUUUAUGCUGCCACCAUUUGGAGCCACUAUAUAAUUGAUUAUUUGAUUUAUUAUAAAAGUCAUUUGACGAAAUACUUCCUUACCACAAUUAUAUAACAAAAUUCUACGUAAUAAGAGAGACUUAUGAGGUUACAGAACCCAUAAACCUCUUUGUAGUUAGUGUUUCUUUUUUUGGUGGGUGUAUUACUAGCAAACUUUUUUUGUGACCUGUUGCUUAGCAACUGGCAUCUAUGGAAAGUGUUUGCACUCUAGUAAGACAUUCUAGUUAGAGAUCUCGGUGGUCAUAUGCCCUUUGCCACAAAAGGAAAUUAAUUUUUAAUCAUGCAAAGAACUUGAAAAGCUGCCACUGAGAAGGGGCCAUCUGUGGCUAUGGCAGACUUUUUUUUCCUGGCUCCAGAAAUAGUAUUGCCCUUUAGGCCACUGUCUUCUGAACAGUUCAACAAGAUUAGAAGUGCUGCUGAAAAAUCCUGGAAGAAUGAAACUCAAUGGUCGGAGAGGUGUCCAACAACAUACGGAGCCCAUUACCGGAGCAAAAAAGUGGAUGAGCCCCCACGUAUUCACCCAUUCAAUGAAACCAGACUCAACAACCCUCAUCCACACGAAUUGUUUCUAGUGAACAAAAUCCAUUAUCUUCCUGGAUAUUACAAUUCUAAAGCACGAGAGCCUGAAAGAAAAAAAGCUCCCACUCCUGAUAUUACGAGUUACUUUAAAGAUUCACUGAAUGUUAAACGACGAGUGAUGCACCAAGUUGUGACUUCUGAUAUUUGCCUUCCUGCACAUGGGAAAAAUAUCGAUAUGCGAUCAAGAUCGGCAAUAUAUGGUAGCCCGAAAAUUUUAAUUCCAAGGAGGAAUGUUUAUCCAAGACAUGUCCCAAGAUCCUUGGAUUUUUUUUUUCCUGGUCUGUGCCUUUGAUUUUUCUGGUUAUCUUCUCUGAAAAAGGGAAAAAUUUGGGAUCAUUGAAAGCUUGGCACAAGUUCUCAAAGACGAUCCAGCUCUCUCUCUCCUCCUCAAAUUCAAUUCUGGAUACAGUUCAUUAUCUUCUUAUUUUGUAUAUAUGUUCUAAUAUAUUAAUAAACUUUCCAUUGAAUUAUAUGCCAUAAUAUGAACAAAAGGUAAUCUUCAUUCACUUGUUGUUUUCCUAUGUGGAAAGGUAGGCCAAACUCUUGAAUAAUAUGGAAUGUCAUCAUAGAUAUCUAGAAAAUAUGUAAUAUACUCUCUCCAUACAUAUAUAUGUGUGUCCAUAUCAUCUAU